AUGGCAGCGAGCAACACCACGUCAGAGUUCCAGCCAGCCAAUCCGCUGGCUGGGGGGGGGCUAUUUAAACCGAAGCGCGAGCCAGAGAGGUUCUUUCUGACUCACUUCAUUGAUCAACACUCGCCCCGAAAUCGCUGCGCUCUUCUGCUGCAGGCUCUGCGCGCCCGAGUUGGGGGGGGCGAGAGAGGUGCUGAGGUGGUGAAAAAGAGGAGGAGAAGCAUAGAAAAUAGCUAUGUCGCAUUGCGAGACAGAGAGACACCACCGCCACCAGUUAAAUCUCUAUAG